ACGAGGGAGGGUGGAACAGAGGUAGAGAGAUUCACACAGCAUAGCCUUCACUGGGUACACAGCAUCGCUCCCAAACGCACUCACAGGCAACCAAAAAGACGCUAAAGACAUCAGAAUCCUUUAAGACGACAACAAAACACAGUCCUUCAGCAGAGAUGGGGCCUGGAUUGUUCUGGAACUUCCCAUCCAAGACUAGCUGCACGGUUCCACAGAGCCUGCUGCAGACAAUGUUGCUCUCCAGGAUGGCUGGCAUGAAGGAUCAGCAGUUCACUGAAGAGAAACCACUACUGCCAGAAUCCAGGGGACAGGAAACAGAGAUGGCUAAAGGACAGUGUGUGCAAGCGCUGCCCUGUGCUACGCCCUCCCCCCCCACGGCUCGCCCCCCAAAACGCUGGCAUGCCAUCGCCCAACACUGGCUCGGCCUGACGCGCCGUCGGACCAGCGGGUACUUCCCGGAAAACUGUGAGACCUUUGUGGCAGAAGGAGACUGGAAGGAACAUGACAUUGAAACCCCUUAUGGGAUGCUGCACGUGGUGAUCCGCGGGGCUCCCAAGGGCAACAAGCCAGCUAUCCUGACCUACCAUGAUGUUGGGCUCAACCAUAAGCUGUGUUUCAACACCUUCUUUCACAAUGAAGACAUGCAGGAGAUCACAAAGCAUUUUGUGGUGUGCCACGUAGAUGCCCCAGGCCAGCACAUUGGUGCCCCCCAGAUGCCACAAGGGUAUCAGUAUCCGACCAUGGAUCAGCUGGCUGGUAUGCUUCCUAGUGUGGUUCAACACUUCGGCUUCAAGAGCAUUGUUGGAAUUGGAGUGGGGGCUGGUGCCUACAUCCUCGCCAAAUUUGCGCUGAUUUUCCCUGAUCUUGUGGAGGGUCUGGUUCUACUCAACAUUGACCCUAAUGGGAAGGGAUGGAUCGACUGGGCCGCCACAAAACUGUCAGGACUCACCAGUACUUUACCAGACACUGUCCUGACCCACCUGUUUAGCCAGGAAGAGCUUAUGAGCAACACAGAAGUGGUUCAGACUUACCGUCAACAGAUCAACAACACCAUCAAUCAGUUUAACCUACAGCUCUUCUGGAACAUGUACAACAGCCGCAGGGAUUUGGAAAUGAACCGCAGUGGCUCUGUGCUAAAUGCUAAGACCCUAAGGUGCCCAGUGAUGCUGGUUGUUGGUGACAAUGCUCCAGCCGAGGAAGGCGUGGUUGAGUGCAACUCUAAACUGGAUCCAACCAAUACCACAUUCCUUAAGAUGGCUGAUUCAGGUGGAAUGCCUCAGAUUACACAGCCUGGAAAACUCACAGAGGCUUUCAAGUACUUCCUGCAGGGAAUGGGUUACAUUGCUUAUAUGAAGGAUCGGAGAAUGAGUGGGGGGCCAGUGCCUUCGGCCAGUAUGACCCGUCUUGCUCGCUCACGAACAGCCUCUCUGACCAGCGCCGGCUCCGUGGAUGGUUCCCGCAACCGUGCAUGCACGCACUCAGAUAGCAGCGAGGGCGUCGGGCAGGUCAGCCACACCAUGGAAGUGUCCUGCUGAACCCUCUUACACUGUCUCACACGCACACGUUUAGAGAGACGUGGCAUGGAAGGAGGGCGUGAGAAGAAUGGAGGUCUCAUAUUCCUUUCAUUCUUUCUUUCUCAGCCAUUUUCUAUGUCGUUUUCUCUCAGUUUUUCAGUGUUAGCCAUCUUAAAGGAAUAGUUGACUAAGAAAAAAUACCAUCAUUUACUCACCCAGAUGUCUUUAGAAACCCAUGUGACUUGAUUUCUCCUGUAGAGCACAAAAUGAGAUGUAUAUAGUCCAAGCAGCUGUUUUCCAUAUAAAUGACAGUGAAUUGAGACCACAACUGAUUAUUAUUAUUAUUAUUAUUAUUCUUUUUUUUUUGUGAAUUAGCUUUAGAAAACCUAAAAUGUCAUACACAGGUCAUGUAAACCACUUUUAUUAUACUUGAGCAUGAUGUCACUUGGUCCCCAUUCACUUCCAUUGUAUGGAAGAUAGCAGCUUGGACGUUCUGCUAAACCUCUGCUUUUGUGUUCCACAGACGAAAUAAAGCUAUACAGGUUCGGAAGAGUCUUAGUUUGAGGUUUUCUUUUCGAGCUGAACUAUUCCUUUAACCUGUAAAAUGAAGACUUGCUGUCCUUUUCCCCUUUCGAAACAGUGUUUAGUUUCCCCCCAACUUUGUAACGCGGUAACUUAUCGCUCUACGUGUCAGUAUUCUGCACCCUUUGCUUGCUGCCUCUGGCCUUCACCUCCUCCUAAGACAAAACUACAAGUCCCAUCAGCCCCUGCUCUCACUCAUUCCUGUCCUAUGACAGUCUUUGAGGAGAAACUGAUGGAUUGGGUCGCAGGUAGAAGGGGUCGGUCUUGAGGAACAGCGUGAAACAAAGUAAAAGAAAGAAGAAAGGAUGCUUAAACCAGAGAGCGAUUUAUAAGUGACAUUUGUAGCUCUCCCUCUCAAUUUUGAGCGAAAGCAAAGCGAUUGUAUAGUUGAAGAGGGCAAAAAUCUCUUAACCAGUAAACAGUAGCUUUCGGCUAAUCAUCUCAGCUCAUUCAGACAUUGGGAGUGUAUGUAUCACCACAUACUGUAAGAAAUAAUGGCUUCAUGGUAGUUUUUUUGCAUUAUUUAAUACCAUCAUUGGUUUUCCCAUUUAAAAUGUUAGUAAUGCAUUAAAAAUGUUUUUUUCUCCAUUAAAGUAGGAACAUAAGUAUGACUUGACUUGCCGCUCACUUGCCUUAAAAGGUAUUUUUUUACGUUAGAAUGCUUCAUUUUACCAUUCCUUACACAUUAAGCACUAAUGCAAUCAAGCACACUUUCUAAUCAAGUUUCACUUCAUUAAAUAUAAAAUACCUAGUACCCUUUUAGUGUGCACUCGCUGUCAUAUGAAAGCGGCUUUGCCUGGGAUCGGUUCUGUACGGUCUCCUUUUUUAUAGACAAUCAACUCCUGACCCAAACCAAACCGAAACCGUCGACUGAGGCAGAGCCUGUGUGAUAGAGUUUGCAGUGCGUUAGCGGUACAGAAUCGAGGCUUCACGCUUCCCUUACAGCACCCAGCCCCGCACUAAGAAUAUACCAAAGUUACUGAUACAAAUGCACACACAAAUGCACACGUACAUAUUUCCCAAUGAGGGCUGAGUUCUGCAAGGUAACAAAGCUUUUGGAUGCACACAUAUACACAAACACACACACACAAUUCAUAUAUUCACAUGCAAUCCGUUUUCAGUGCAUUAUUUUUGCAGUAGAUCUGUAGAUUCACAGUUGCUUAUUUUUUGUGACCCUUGUCACUUCAUAACAUUUUCAUUAUAGUUUGUUACAUUUCUAAAGUGGUCAAUGGAAACUGCAAAUAUAUAUAUUUUGUGUUCCAAUUUGCUUCAAUAGCAAAAAAAACAAAUCAAUACAAUAGCUUUUCUAUGUUUUUUUUUAACAUGAAAAAAAAAAGAUUUGAUUAUAGUGACUUCACUUCCCGUUUUGUUAGAAAUAUCUACAGAGCAGCAGCCAAGGCAAUAUAACACAUAUUAUAGUGUUAUUUAAACAACUGGAAAAGUCUGUGUAAGAAAUGUGUGCAGUUUGUGUACAUAAAUCAAUCGAUUUUUUUCCAAUUAUGAACCUAAUUGGAAAAAAUCUACUGAUUUAUGUUCACAAUCUGCCCAUUUUUUUUUAAAGAAAAACCUCAUCUACACAAUCGCACAAAAAAACAAAUGAAUGUAUAAAUAAGCAAACUAAUUAAUGAAUGAGCCAACAAACGAAUAAACUAAUGAACGAACCAAUUUAUUUGAAUCCAGAAUCCAGAAGUUCCAGAGAUGACUGACAUGAGCUGAAAUCUGAUUGGCCGACACAGUUAAUGGGGGGGAUUAUGAGGGCGGAGCAACCAUUUGCUUUCCAUUCCACACUCGCGCUUUUCUGUCUUAUUGAAUGUCAGUUUUUCAGCGGCUUCCUCGUACAGGAAGAGCACAAUUACGACUUUUCAGGGGUGUUUCCUGCAUGUUUGUCUGUAAGGGACGGGGCUUUCUGGAGCACGAUGCUCCAAGCUCGGAAUGUAGGGCAAAUCCCACCCCCAACAAACCCAACCCCCAAAACACAAGGUGCCCCGCCCCUCACAGACACUUCCAGUCGCCCCUAAAGGGCUAUCAACCCAGGCAACGCAUCGUGAUCGACCUCACUCCGUGCAAAGCUGGGCGCAGUACUGUAGAUACUGUACAAAGAGAAAAAUGAAUGCGUGACAUGGAAUAAGCAGUGAAUGUGAAAGAGGAAAGAGAGGGAGAGGAGGAACGAAAGGAGAAUGUUCCAAACUGAAGGGUGAAAGUCAAACGCAAAAUUUUGAUGGGUUUCAUCCUAAAGACUGAAUGGACAAACACUCGUUCUUCCCCAGUAUUGAUUUGCAUGAGUUUUGAUAAUGCAACCUCGUGUUUGUGUCGUUUUUCUUGAUUUCCUGUCUGAAGUAUGCAGUCGUUAGCUCUUAUUAAGCGAUAAAGAGCAUGCCCACCUUUUAAAGGUGCACUUUUUCCUGAUCCCUGAUCUCUGCCUGGGGGCCCUGAAUGUAUCAUGUCCUUUGGAAGUGCUGUACAGUAUUGUCAAUGUGGCCCCAUAUCACCUUUUCUUAAAUCAGGGCUCACACCAGUUCGACCUGCCACACCUGCCUUCCCUUGCACCCUUUUCCUUCUCAAUCUAUGUUCUCUGCUGUAGAUAUUCGCUGUUUUUAGGGCAUAAAUCUAAAAAUAGGUCUGUACCACUAGCCUUGUCAUGUGGAACUGUUAUACUUUGAAUUUCCCUUUGAGUUCCUCUUUUUAUAAUACAGUAGUUCUUAUUUAACCAUGUGUUGCAUCUAUUCUUGUGAGGAUUCAAUGAGUAUUAUUAUUAUUAUUAAUAAUAUGAUUACAAUUGUUACAAUUAGCCAUUGUUUUAUAUUAAGCAAUAAGUUGUCUGUGUUCAUUUUUUGGAUGGGGGCUGGUUGUUACAAAUAUGUCUAAAGAUACAGCAAGUGUCACUCUUAACCUGCUUUACCAUAAGAAAAGUACAAAAACUAAUGUGUUUAUGAUGUAUGUACAUCUAUAUACAAGCUGUCACUGUCUGUGUACUUAAAAAACUGAACGUGCAACAAAUAAAAAUGGGUAUACAAAAAGA